AUGCCUCUACUCAAUCCAAAAGAACAUUCACCUCUGCUGGUUGCAUCCCAUAACAAAGGCAAGAUUUCUGAAUUCAGGGAGCUUUUGCAACCUUUAGGAUUCCAAGUGGUUUCAGCUGCUGAUAAAGGAUUAGACGAGCCAGAAGAGACUGGAACGACAUUCGAAGCAAAUGCACAAAUUAAAUCAUUAGCAUCAGCUAAAUCAACAGGAUUACUUGCACUUUCGGAUGAUUCAGGACUGGCAGUAGACGCAUUGAACGGAGACCCCGGCAUUUAUUCAGCCAGAUGGGCAGGUCCAAGUAAAGAUUUCGCAAAAGCAAUGAAAGAUGUACAUGAUAAACUCGUUCAAGCAGGUGCAACAACACCUGAAAGUAGAAAAGCAAAGUUUGUAGCCGUUUUAAGCCUGGCAAAACCUGAUGGAACAACCAAAGAAUUUCGAGGUGAAGUUCAAGGAACGAUUGUUUGGCCUCCACGUGGAGCAAAAGGAUUUGGAUAUGAUCCUUUCUUUUUACCUGAUGGAUACGAUCGUACGUUUGGCGAAAUGACUUCAGACGAAAAGCAUGGUUGGAAACCCGGUCAAUCAAACGCUCUAAGUCAUCGUGCUCGUGCUUUUAAAUUGUUUGCAAAAGAUGCUCUUGGUGUAGAAUGA